CCCGCUCUCCUGCAUGACUUUCCCGAGCGGUAAAGAAGGCCUGAGAGAAGAAGAAAAGAGCGAACCAUCAGAUUGACGACUGACUCCCUGCUCGAGUUCGACCGGUUAAAGGUUUGGAGCGGCGAUUCCACAUGGUUCUUGAGUGUUGAAAGACGACGACGAACACACGUCUUGCAUUUUCGUUUACCCAACAAAGGCUCAAAGUCCUCCCCGCCCGCGGCGCGCGCCAGUUCCCGGGAUUGGGUGUCAGCAUACGUAGCCAGCAGCCAACGCCGCCCCCUGGACAGCUGGCCAUCUCACGUUGGAGAAACAAGACCGCCUCGAUUUUCGACGAACAAAGAGGUUCCAUUCUCGUUGACUCGAAUCAAACGACCCGCCCCCGAAGCACUUGGCGGUUUAUCGAUUUCAAAACGGCGGAACACUUCCGAUUGCUACGACCAUACCACCAGCGUCAAAUCCGAAGCGGAGAGCACCGUCCGCGAUGGCGUCUGUCUCCUCGAGGGGCCCGACGCCUCACUCCCCAUACGAUGUCCAGUCCGCCGCCGACACGGACGAGUCGUGGCAGUAUCUGGACUACGCCUCGUACCCAGCCUCGGUCGGGUUUCUCCCUAGCCCGGUCAGCGGCAGCUUGAACGGCUACGCCGUCGUCGGCCACCGCGCCACCUCGGACCCGACGGGACUUUCCCCGCUAAACCUCGACCUCGACCCCGACCAGCCCGCCUUCUCCGCCGCGAGCUUCCCGGAGCAGCCUGAGGCCUUUGCUGCUCCGGGCCCGUCCGCCGCCGAUGGCCAAUUCGUUGCCGCCGGUCAGGAGUCGCAUUUUCUGACACCCCAGGGCUACCUCUUCUCUGGAGACCAGGUUAACUUGAACGAUUUGACCUCCUUCAUCAACUCCUUCCAAACGAACACCCCCCUGAAGGGCUUGGAGACAUACCCCCAGCACCAGCAGGACAGCAUCAACCUAUCGCAAACCUUGCAUCCCGAUUCCAAUUCGGAUCCAUGGAACCCGGCGAACCUCAAGGUCGACAAUGGAAGCUCCAUGUUCUUGAUGGAGGGCCUCUGUUCAUCGUCGCAGGGCUCCGCGACGACGAGCCCGCCUCGCUCGAGCCCGACCUCGCCCGACCUCAAACACGAAGGCGACAAGGCCGCCACAUCCAGCCCCAUCCGCAAGGUCAUCGCCGGCAAGGUCGAGAAGAAGAAGGCCGGCGAGCCGGCGAGCAAGUUCGUCAUCGUCACGCCCCACUCCAUCAACGCCCAUUCGGGUCGGCCCAAUCCGUACGAGUGCUUCGAGGCCAUGAAGACCCAGACGCGCGGACGUAAGGGCCCGCUGGCCAACGCCACGAAGGAGAGUGCCCUGCAGGUCCGUCGCCUGGGCGCAUGCUUCUGCUGCCACAGCCGCAAGGUCAAGUGCGACUCGGAGAGGCCGUGUAAGAACUGCAAGAAGAUCGCCCUCCAAGUGCCGCAGGUCGUGUGCUGGCAGUUCUCCGACUUCCUCACCAUCUUGUUCCCCGACUUCAUGCGGCGUCACUUCCGGAAGGAUCAGAUGUCUCACUUCAUGGCGGAGAACGUCGACCUCGACGCCGUGGAACUGGCGCCUCGCGAGGUCGAGCUCUUUUCGGGACUGUCCGCGUCGCUGAAAGUAAAGGCUAGAUUCUUCAACCCCCGGACGGCCGAAGUGCAGCAACAUUACCAUCUGCACAUACAAAGAGACAGGGUGGACCUUCAGGCUAGGGGUACGGCGCCCAUGGUUUUGGAGCUGGACUCGGCGGCACAAAGAGACGCUUUGAGAAAGAAGGUCAAGGGGUACCUGGCCGCCAUCGCUGCCGAGCCCAAAUACGCCAAGUCCGUGACGGAGUCAAUACGGCAUACCGAGCUGCCGAAGAAGGUAUUGGACGUCGUGCAGAGGUAUGCUAGCAAGUCUGAUUCUGCCAUGGUCAAGAAAGCCCUGGCGAUAUACGGCGCCCAUUUCGUCAUGACGCGACACCUAUGCAUCACCAGGCCGAGUGUCGUCAGCCUACAAGACUCGGGUCUUGUGCCGCAGGAAGUGCCGUGGGUGACGCCGCGCGUGGUCAACAGGCAGAUCAAGGCGGUGAUCGACGAGCUCCUGAUGCGGGACAUGCAGUACCUCUUCGAAUCCUUCUCCAAGUCGCUCAAGCCCAAGUCGCGACGGGAGUGGGCGCCGUGCAUGGCGUCGUUCCUGGUGCUCUGCCUGUUCAUGGAGUCGGUCGAGACGGCCGCCGACAACUUUGUCGUGGCGCUCAACGAGAUCAGUCUGCGGAACCACACGCCUCCCGAGUACAAGCGCCAGGACGCCCUCAACAUCAACCGGGAGGUCGAAAACAUGCCGUUUAAGCAGUUUGCGUACCAGUUUCACCAGAUCUACCAGACGCACAGCCGCGACACGUCGACGAGGCCGUUCAACCCCAUGCUUGAUAGCUCGUGGGCCGAGCAGGGCGAUCUGGACGGGCCGGCGAUGGAGAUGGUCAUAGGGUUGAAAGAGUUGCUCCAGGGCGACAGCUUCGUUGAACUCGACUUCCUGACGAUGGACCCGAUUCUCCCCAGCAACGGCGAGCAGCACCCUUUUCCCCGUGACGUCUCGGUAAAUUAUACGGGUCGGCUACUCGCCAAAUUUCUGCUCUCUUUCCUGGACGAAAAGUACAUCUUUGGCGAGAGCAUGAUAUGAAAUAGCCAUGGUCUAUGUGGUUUAUGCAUUUCAAUGUGGAGUUCCGGCCUUAUUUAAAAGACUAAUCAUCAAAUACCCUCUGCUAUUGUUCGGGCAGUCAUCUGCGCGUCAUGUCGAGUUUAAACAAUCACUGCGCUGGCAGAAUAAUGACAUUCGCCGAAUGCGCAAGCAUAGAGUGAACACACCAGCCGCCUCUCGUGCAAGAGCGACGUGAUAUGUUCGUCCGAUUUUAGUCCUGGAGCCACACUGGUCUCAAUGGCAGCAGGGUGGAGCGGACCGGUUGUCUAGACCGUUGGUUUUGUUCUCCCACUCGAACGAUAUAAAAAGUAGUUGACACUCUUGCGCAGUAAGAUCGCGAGGUGUAGGCAAAUCGUGGGGUUUGGUCAACGUGUGACCGCUUGUUCGCAAUUGCGACACUCCAAAUAUGAGGUCUUCUUGCGCGUGCCGCCUGGGGUGGCCAUCGGCACUUGCAGAUGAGCCCACAGAGAGCGUAUUGGUCCAGAUACGAGGCCAGCUUAAUGUCUUGUGAUGGAACGAGACAAGUCUGACACUCGAUGGACUGAUCAGGACCAUACAUAGGAAUCCUGCCUCUGAUUGGUUUCGGGCCCGCGCGCGAAGAUGUUUGGAUGUCGAUGAAGAGCAAACGGACAGGAUGAAGAAGGGAAGAGCGUGAAAAUAUACUUUUGCGAGAAAAACACGUCGGCUGGGAAAAUAUGGGGCCGCCCUUCCUCAAUCACGAGGUUCGCGAGGUGCUAGCCCUGAUUGGUUCUGUACGCUUAGGCAGCAAUGCUUACCUAACCAUGCGACCGCAGGCAACGACACCUCUUGCUAUAUUGCCGCGAACCACCUUUCUCCGUUUCCUGUUUGCCCUUUUUCCUCUUUACACACUUCGCACCAAAAUAAUCAACCGACCACCAACGUACUUUUUCCAGUUGUGUUCGGUCAGUUUGAGUGCUAGAGGGAAACUGGGCUGUGCCUCCCAUCCGAUUUUGUCGCGUUCUGGUUCCGUCAAUCAUGACGGCGCACAUCACCGAGAAAUGUCAGUGGGGGCGUGAUUUCCGACAUACCAAAUCUUCGCAACGGCUGUGUUGUUGGGAUGUACUCUGUGUCCUGUCUGACUCUGUCUAUGUAUCCGUCCGUAUCCCAGCCAACUGUCUUCGGUGCGCCUUGCCGGCCGGCCGCUGUUAGUCAGUCAGCCUAAGGCGACCGACUCACACUGAGAUUGAUGCCUAUCACAAGCUACCAGAAUUGUCAAUGUCAGUCAUCC